UCGCGGCUGGCUGUCCUUCUGACUGCUGCAAGCCUUGUGUGGGUCACAGUUGCCCGCAGUCUCUGCCUCCAGCUCGCAGCUAAACCGUAGCAACACUGAAUGCUCCACCUCCAGGUCGGUUAUUCUGAGCGAGGGCCCGUGUAAACGUUUCUAGACCAACCAUGAGUGCCAUCGCCUACCUGAAGACCCACUUCAUCGUCCACCUCUUGCUGGGGUUUGUCUUUGUGGUCAGCGGCCUCUGCAUCAACUUCGUCCAGCUGUGUACGCUGCCCGUCUGGCUCUUCAGCAAACAGCUGUACAGGCAUCUCAACUGCUGCCUGGCCUACUCUCUGUGGAGCCAGCUGGUCUUGCUGCUGGAGUGGUGGUCUGGCACAGAAUGCACGCUCUUCACUGACCAGGCCACGGUGGACAGGUUCGGCAAAGAACAUGUCAUCGUCAUCUUAAACCACAAUUACGAGAUUGACUUCCUGUGCGGCUGGACCAUGUGUGAGAGAUACGGCGUGCUCGGGAGCUCCAAGGUGCUGGCGAAACACGAGCUGCUGUACGUGCCACUGAUCGGGUGGACGUGGUAUUUCCUGGAGAUAGUUUUCUGUAAACGUCGCUGGGACGAGGACAGAGACACCGUGACCAAUGGCCUGCAGGCUCUGCGGGAUUACCCGGAGUACAUGUGGUUCCUGUUGUACUGCGAGGGCACGAGGUUUACGGAGAAGAAGCAUCGCAUCAGCAUGGAGGUGGCCGAGUCCAAGGGCUUGCCUAAGCUGAAGCAUCACCUGCUGCCCCGGACCAAGGGCUUCACCACCACCGUGGAGUAUCUGAGGGGGACAAUUACUGCUGUCUACGACGUGACGUUAAACUUCCGAGACCAAGAGACCCCCACGUUGCUGGGAAUCCUUCACGGCAAGCAGUACCACGCGGACAUGUGUGUCAGGAGGUUCUCUGUGGACGAGAUCCCUGAGGAUGAGAAGGAGUGUGCGGCCUGGCUCCACAAGCUGUACCAGGAGAAGGAUGCGCUGCAGGAGCAGUACGCCAAGGAGGGCACCUUCCCCGGGCAGCGGAUACUGCCCCGCCGCCGGCCAUGGCCCUUCCUCAACUGGCUCUUCUGGGUCAUCCUGCUGCUCACCCCACUCUUCAGCUUCAUGCUGGGCGUCUUCGCCAGUGGCUCACCCAUCCUCAUCUGCUCAUUCCUACUGUUCGUCGGAGCAGCCUCGUUCUGUGUGCGGCGGCUGAUCGGGGGGACGGAGAUCGGCAAAGGGUCGAGUUACGGAAACCAGGAGUUCAAGAAGAGGAUGUAGAGCAGAGGGUGACCCGCUGGCCGAUGACCCACGUGGCUCUGUGACUCCGGACACGUCCAGCCCACCCUCACCUGACAGCAACUCACUCCCCACUACAGCAGCAGCAGCAGCAGCAGCAGCCCCAGCACAGCACAGCCUGCCCGUGCCCACCGCCCACACACCCCACACACCCACUCACCCCACACACCCACCCCACACUACAGCAGCAGCCCCAGCACAGCACAAGCCCGCCAGUGCCCACCCCACACACACACACACACAGUGCACACACACACACACACACACACACACACCCGUUGUGACCCGCGUGCCCUCUGUCCACCCUGCCCUCCUCUGGGGCACAGUUCUGGCCGCCUGUGACUGACUAGAGUGCUGAAUGCUCGCACCAGCUGCCUCAUCGCUGCCCGUCCCUGCACUGGGCAGCUCCCUCUCCUUACUCUG